AUGUACCGUGCCAAGUACGUGUACAGGCUGCAGCAGCAACAGCAGCGAGCGAGCUACGAGAUCGACGUUAUAGGUGGUGGCAACGGCUGCUGGAUUGGUGGUAGUGGCAGCGGCGUCAUCUCGUUUAUUAGAAACAUUCUUGGCGUGAGCCUACUAGUAUUCAAUGCUAUCUCAGCUGGAGUCAUCCCCGGGGGAAAAGCUGAUGAACAAUUUGCAAAAAAACACUUGUACCAGCAUCACGAGGCUUCAGUCCCAAGUUCUUAUAUGCAAUUUCACGGACCUGUUGAGGGUCCGGAAUACGAAGUGAAAGUGCCGUACGUAGAUCUCCAUCGUCUUCACCAACAAUUAGUUGAUAACGACGGACACAAUCACCUGGAAAGUAACCAUCAAGACAAAGAUUAUCGUCACGCCGAUGCGCAGCAGCAACAUCACGGCGAGUACGCAAUGGACUACAUGGCAGCACCGAAGUAUCAAUUUUCAUACGGCGUAGAGGAUCAUCAUACCGGCGACUUUCAUAGCCAAAAAGAGUCUCGGGACGGUAGUAGCGUAUCGGGCGAGUACAGCGUGGCGGAACCCGACGGUGGCAUGCGCGUGGUGAGCUAUCGCGCCGACAAGCACGGCUUCCGAGCUAUAGUGCAGAUGCACGGCAAGACCGACCACUACGGCUACCCGGAGGAGGUCGUCGCCGCCGCUGCCGCCGGCCGUCAUCAUUUGCCAGAGGCUUCGGCCUACGUACCCGUCGAGGAGUCAUACGACGAAGAUCGACGACAAUAA